CACGCGGGAUCAUACCCCGCGAAACAUGAUAAGCGGCACGGAGCUUACGCGGGGAUAUGGCGACGCCAUCACUCCCUGAAGGCUGCCUGGCCGCCUUCCAUCUCCCUUUGCGUGUUCUAUAUCUUUUCUUCACACGCUCUUGACAGAAUUGCUCUCGUCUCUUGAGUGCGCCACCACCCCCAACCUCAUUUGUCCGGCUAUUGAUGUAACCACUAUUGUUCACCUAGGCUAGCUCCGAGGAGCUCUCGGUGCCUUGGACAGCAGACCUGUGAUAGAUAUCUUGAGCUAGGGUUCUCAGCCUGCUUACUGUAUUUCGUCUCCCUUCGAUCCCACCGACGACUUCAAACAUGACUUGGUGGCGCCGGGAUCCGACACUCGUUCCUUUCCAACGCUAUGCGCAACGAAUCCUCCGCUCCGACGACGCUGCCCUGCGCACACGAUGCUUCUCCCGCACGCCCUCCAAAUCAGCACAGCACGAGGACAACAAUGGCAACAAACGUCCAUCCAGCAUGUCCAACUUGGAAUGGUUGCAGCUAGAGCAAUACCAGCAGUGGCGAAAGAAACUCAUGAAUGACCCAUACGAAGCCAUCUUCGGGGCUAGCAACGAUAGGUUGAGCGGCAAGGGCCAGAGGGACUGGGAAUGGCUUGCUAAUAGCGUUCCCAAGUGGAUGCUGAGAGAGAUGGAGAGCCAUGACGGUGACGCGUCGCCGUCGAAGCAAGACAAGAGUGGCAGUAGCGACCCGAACUACCCACGACGGGUCAACAUUGAUAGUGAAGAGCGCGAUACACGUAGGGAAAGAGAACCACACUUUCCACAACCGUCAUUCCGGGCAAGACUGCUCCCUGAUGACCCGACUGGCAUUGAAUCACCCUCUGAUCCGAGGAGACCGCGAGAGCAAUCUCAUGUCAAGGUUGUUGGCCGCCAUUCAGAAGUGUUGACCGAACCUGCACCAAGCGCACCCAGUUCCACAGCUUCUGUAAGCGUUCCGCGGAAAUACGAACACGAGCAGCCGACGCGACCGAAGAGCACUGAGUCGUUUGGAGAAUACAUUGCGAAAACGCGAACAGAUGCGGCUAAGAAGAUCGAACAAUCCAGCAUGGCUGCACCCAGUACAGAGACUUCCUUCAUGGAUCGCUUCCUAACAGAGAAGCCUGAACACAAGGAUGCGCAAACCAAGAGCACGACAGAGGCAGGCAGUUGGAGAGAAACUACGCUGCAAAGGAGGACACCAAAGGAGGUCAUAGCAAAGCCUGAUAUUGACCCUGUGCCCAUGACAAAGGCAGACGACGAAUCUCCUGCGUCGGCGUCCUCGACUGAGGCAACUCACAAGCUCUCUUCAGCAACACAUCUGCAAGAAACCCUUCCGUCUCUUCCUCCUAGCUCGGGACUGCUACCCACAAAUCAAUCUUCGACGCAGGAACACCUCCCACCGCAAGAGACACCUACCCUACAAGGCAGCGCCACAUCUGCGAGGUCUACGUCGGAAAUCUUGAGCCAGCUGCCCAAAGACGACUUAGACUUCUUGAGUGCAGACGAUAUCCGUGCGAACAUGGCCGCAAAAAGAAGUAAGGUCCUGAAUGAAGAACGUAGAAAAGCUGAACGGGCUAGGUUGGAGAGCACUUUUGAGAGUACCCUCAAGGCCAACACCGGUAUUGAUCCGAUGCUUGAGUCCAAGAUAAUCAAUGACCAAUACGUCCGUCGAAUCGAACGGCAAAUGCAGCGGCCAGAGAGUUCACUAGAUUCGCAAGAACCCAGCGAGCCCAAGACGACUAAAAACACAGACGAACCCCCAUACAAAGCAGAUGAAAGCCAGUUGGAGUCGAGCGUCGAGCGGAUGAAGUCCUGGCUCGAAGAAAGUGGUGCUAGGUUUUCUAGUCUCUUCUGGCAAGACCCGACCGAAGAAGCGGAUGCGAAGAAAACCCGCCUGUUCUUCGACAAAAUCCUGGCACGUAUUCGCAAGGGUCGCAUGACGAUGAAGCAAGUGAUCGAAGACCUGGAGGCUGAUAUUCCAGCAUCUAAACCUCUCUUGAGACGUAUGAAAGCGGAUGAGGACCUCCUGGACUCUGCUAUCAACACUCUCCGACAACGCUCAGGAACUGGAAAGCUUCGUUCAUUGACACCGAAGAAAGUAAGAGCAAUCCAGGAACUGCGUCUCCGGUACCAGAGCACAGACAACGACCUUAGUAAGGCAUACGCCUUGCUCCAAGACCUCGGCGACUCGGACGCAGCAAAGAACGUCUCACCAGCAUUCAAAAGGCGACUGAGCGUCGCUUCGAAGAUCACCCAGAAAAACGCUCACCUUACACGUUAUCUCAUCUGGAGUCUACAGGCUCGCCUUGAGGACCCGGAAAUCGAUCAAAGCAUGCUUGCAAACUACAAAGCUGUUGCGAACAGUUUGCUAACUCUUAGAGACACACAGAUGGCUCUAGCUCGAUUGCUGGAGCGUGCCAUGCUCGUUUAUAGCGUGGCACCGCACCUCUGGGAGGAUAUCAAGAUCUUCACAGACUCUCCAACUCUGGAACUCCCGCAGGACCAUGAGCAGUCAUCGCGUACCAAUAUGUCUUCCGCUAUGAGUGAUGCCGACAAAGCCCAGCUCCGUUCCAAGGUAGCUGCUGAAGAACGUCUCGCCCAUGAGGUCGACGCACAGAAAUCCGCUAUGCGUGGGCUCUCAGAUGAUGGAUACGCGCGUGUGCCGAAGGCAACACCGAACAGGCCGUUUGAAGAGCGAGGGCCUCUUGCACACAGCCUGUUUAGACCGUUCGGACCCGUUCUGGAGAGCUUAGAGAGUGAGACGCCAUCUAAGAUAGGCACAACAGAAGCCGACGUGAAGGUGACCCACGAACGUGACGACGACCAACUGGCUGAUAACAUGCAAAUGACAAAUGAAGAUACGUCUGGUCCUGUCGCCUUUGAUCACGAGCAGCAGGCCAGUCCGGUUGGGAAAAGCAAACUGACUGAAGAUCAUGAUGUGAAGAAGCUUGACAUGUUGAAGGAUGAUCCUACGUUGGGCGACACCUCGUAUCAAGCCAGUGGCUCAACUGCCGCAGACAUCGUGUGCGGAGAAGAAGUCACAGCAAUCGAUGCUGCACCAGAAACUACACAGGAUACCAUUGCGGCUGUUCACACUACUUCAUCUACCGAACAUGCCACUUCAGACCCGAAACCGAGCACUGACGACACUGUUGGUGAGAUAGCCCAGUCAGGCGCCUCAUCAUGCUUGACCGAAACGGGCUCACCAACGAUCUACACAAUUCUUUUACACGAUCCGCAUACCGGCAAGCUCUCGCUGACCACCUCUACAACAACGGAACCCCACAAGGCCCCUACUCUGAUACCACUACACGAAGCGUUAUCAACCCUUGAAGAGCCUGCGAAGUUCAUUCCGUACAUUGAGAACGGCCCUGGGAUCGUCAAAGCGAACAAGUAUUUGCUCGUCUUGCGCGGCGGUCUCAAUUCCACAGCGCCUACCAAACCCUUCCAAACGGCCGAUUUAUCAAUCGCAACGGAGCACAAAAAGGACGCUGGCCUCACAGGAGAAAGAACUUACAUUAAUCCGAUAGAUGGAACGGCACGCCUUUCGCCUACCGGCUACGUUGGGCCAGAAGAGAGCGAAGAGCAACUUGAGAAAGAUUUUACUGAGCGCAGGCAGGCUGCCGAGCGAGCAGUCAGUAAUCAAGAGAGUAACAUAGAACAAGAUCAGAGCGAACGAAAGAUCAAAGAAAAGAAGAAGGGUAGGAAAGCAGCUGGUAUAGUCAAAACAGCGAUCUGGGCCUCGGCACUGUGCUACGUGGCUGGUGUGAUUGGGGAACUUGCUAGCUAAGACGCUUUUCGGGGCAUGGCAUUCAUAUCACGAGUCGCUCUUCUUAAACGGCGUUUGUUCUGGGUUACUAUCGCCACUUUCCGAUUCAGCGUUGGGAUGGCGUUGGCAUUGGCGUUGACAGGUCACCACUCCGGCUCAGAUUAUGUACGUUUGUAUAUCACCAAUCCUUUAGUAUUAUCCUUCAAGCUCUUCACUGAAGC